CAGUUUUUCAUGCAGUUUGACAUUUCAGUUAUCCAUCAAUUAAAUGCCAUAAAUAAAAUUUAUUAUUUAGAGGCGAAUGUCCUGUUAAUAUCACCAAAAUAAAUCGACUGCUUGCAGAAUUGACCUAAGAUCUCCGUAGGUUCGCAUAAGUGUAAUAAUUUUGCAAUAACAGGCACGGAAUUCUUCGCUAAAAAUGCAAGCAACCGCAAAUACGUGGGUGAAAUUUUUCAUCGCGGCAGGAAUCCCCAGUGCCAAUUCAUUAUCUUACGCUCACGUUUUCUACGAGAACCGAAUGCAAAUGGACAUGCUGGCUGACUUGAACAAGGAAUAUUUACGGGAGAUGGGCAUCACACCGAUGGGUGAUGUUAUUGCCAUUCUUCGGCAUGCGAAAAAUGUUCAUCAACAAUCGGCGCGAGAUAAAAUUCUCAAUGAAAAUGAAGCACGGAUACCAGUUGCAGCCGUUCCGGCGACUAUACCCAAAAGUAACCGAGUCUCGUUAAGGAGCGAAGUGUCUUCGAAUAAUGCUAACAAAACGGAAACCGCCAUUGUACUGCCCAAACCAGCCAGACGAGUAUUACCGGAGCAUGAAGGUGCGUACAAAAUCGUCCUUCCAACUGGCACCACACAACGAAGCAAAGAGAUUUUAGCAAAACGCGCACUUCUUUACGCCGACAAGCCGGAAAAGAAUAGCGUUUUCGAACGGCUUCAGAAAAACAACGCAGAUGCAUCGGAACCGUCGAUCCGGAUAACCGGUCUAGACAAGCCCGCUUCAUCGGUAUUCGCUCGUUUGGGCGGCUUACGUGACUCUCCACCCGUAGAAUUGGCUGGAAUAUUGAAGAACUCAGAAAAACGCAAAACACUCGGCGGUGUGACGAAGAAGACUGUGAAGCAACAAAAAGUGAUUUUGGUGCAGAAACGACCUGCAAAAGCUGCUACAAUGGUGGCCGAUGAAUAUGACGACGAGCGACAUGACCUACCCGAAAAAUCUGUGUCAUUUUCGUCCGAAGAUGAGGUGUUGGAAAUCGAAGCCCGACCGGUUCCGAAACAAUUUAACGCAAAAAAGGUUGCAAACGGUAGCGGCAUUAAGACACGGCUAGGACUGGCAACGAGUAAACCGAACACCUCAUUGAAUCGAUCUCGUAAAGUUACACAAACGAAAGCCGAUCUGCGGACCAUCACCAAAACUCAGCCAAGCAAACAGAUCUGGUCCAAAAUGAAGUCCGAUUUAAUUGACACGAAGAAUGCGUCGAUCAAGAGUCGAUUGACACUGAAGGAUCGUGAUGCGAAACGUUCUGCGAAGAGUAAAAAGACCGAAACGAUUUCGAGUGUCUUUGACCGGCUUGGUUUCAACAACUAACCGUCACUUGUGGGUGAACAUUUUAUUGGUUUUUGAUGUUUUGUCGUUUGGCAUGACAUGUCAAAAUGAAUUGGAGAAAUUUCAAUGCACAAAACGAUUUGUGAAAUAAAACUUGUAAACGUUUGAUA